AGGACACCGCUGUCGAUAGCGAUAUCAAAAAAGCAUCAAGGGAGCGCCAAUCUGCUACUAUCUCACAAAGAUAUCGAUGCUGAUGCUCGCGACGACAACGGCCGUAGCCCACUGUCAUUGGCUGCAGAAAAUGGCGAUGAGGAAUUAGUGACACUACUUCUUGAGCGCGGAGACAUUGAAGUUCAGUCCAAAGAUAAUGGCGGACGGACACCAAUU